AUGGAUGAAAUGAAUACUAUAUUGUGCGAAAUAGAAACAACAAUAAACAACCGUCCGAUAACUUAUGUUUAUGGUGACGACGCAGAGGCGACUCCCCUCACCCCAGCUCACUUACUCCAUGGCCGUACGUUGAACACAUUACCACAUGUAACUAUCGACAUGGAGGAACGCAUCGAUCCGACGUACGAAACAAAGGAAACUCUCCAUAAACGUGCCACGAAGCUCAGUGAAACUAUGGAUCGACUUUGGAAAAAAUGGGAGUUAGAAUAUUUAUCAGCACUCCGAGAACGACAUGAACGACAAAAACCCGGGAAAUUAACUAACGCGAUCAAGUCUGGAGACGUUGUACUUGUACAUUCAGACAACAAGAAACGUACGUUAUGGGAUUUAGCCGUGGUCGAGUCUAUCAUAACAGGAAACGACGGUAUAACUCGCGCUGCAAAUAUCAGAACGCGUAAUGGUAAAACAAAUCGUCCUAUUGUGAAACUAUAUCCUAUUGAGGUCUCCACGGAUAAUAUGCAUUGCUUGGACACUGAUAAUAUACAAAUCUUGGACACUGAUAACAAUAGACAUAUUAACAAUUCUAAUGACACACGUACUGCUAAUGUUAUUUCUAAUCGCCAUCCAUGGCGUGAGGCGAACAUCAGAGCCCGACAAAGAAUUAGGGAUUGGAUUAAUGACUAG